CCUGUGCCACCUGUUCCAUCAAGAUCAAGAUCAAGAUCAUCCAGUAACAACCCAGUAUCAGUCACACUGCUGUUCCCUGAAGUGUUGGUAUAUGGGAGUCACAUUCUGUGUGCAAGUAAACACGAUAGAGCUGUGCUGCUGCAGAGUGUGAUCCAUGCUUGGGAGGCAAGCACUGAGUCCAGCCCCUCUGAGGUUGGCCAGGGGUGGGCGGAUGGUGGCCACACACACCCGACCUUUCCCUGUGCUGAGGGACACCCUGGACCCCUCCUGCCCUCAGCUGGAGGCUGGGAAGAGGAGGGCUGAGGAGCAGAUUGCAAAGUUGGAUCAACUGAACAAAAUAUGUCUGGCUGGAGGAGGAGAGAAAGGGAUUGCACUCCAUGUCAAGAAGAACCGCAAGAUGCUACCAAGGGACAAAUUAAAGCAUAUCUUGGACCCAGAUUCUGACUUCCUAGAGCUCUCCCUGUUGGCCGGCCUGGGGAUGGAGUAUGGAGAUGUGCCUGCUGCUGGCUCUAUAACAGGAAUUGGCAGAAUCCAUGGCACAUACUGUCUGGUGAGCAGCAGUGAUGGCACAGUGAAGAGUGGCACCUUCUUUCCCAUCACAGUCACCAAGAACCUACGUGCCAUGGCCAUAAGUGGCACCAACCACCUUCCUUUGGUACACAUUGUGGACUCUGCCGGUGGCUUCCUUCCUAAGCAGGCUGAGCUGUUUGCAGACAAGAACCAUGGAGGACGAGCAUUCUACACAGAAGCAGUGCUCUCAGCAGCUGGGGUGCCUCAAAUUGCUGCUGUCUGUGGUUCCUGCACUGCUGGAGGUGCAUACCAGCCAGCCAUGUGUGAGGAUGUUGUCAUUGUAUCUGGUAUUGGCACCAUUUUCCUGGGAGGGCCUCCCCUGGUGAAGGCUGCCACAGGGGAGGUUAUAAGUGCUGAGGAGCUAGGAGGAGGUUUACUGCACUCCAGAACAAGUGGAGUGACUGACUACCUGGCUGAGACAGAACAGGAGGCUUUUGAAGUGGUGAGGGACGUUGUGGCCACUUUGGGCAUUGAGCCAGUACCCGAGUCCUCAUCCCCGCAGGACGAUGCAUGGAACACUGCACUUCUGGAUGCACUGAGUGGUCUGGAGUCAAUCAGUCGGCAACAGAUGUACGGCAUCAUUGGGAGAAUUGUUGAUGGUGCAAGGUUCAGGGAGUUCAAGCAACUCUUUGGGAGCAACCUUGUGACUGGCUAUGCCAUGAUUGAAGGGAAAUGUGUGGGUGUGCUAGGCAAUGCUGGUCCUCUCACUUACCAAGAUGGACUGAAAGGUUCACACUUUCUUCAGCUGUGCCAGCAGAGGCAGCUUCCCCUGGUGUUCCUUCAGAAUUCUGGCAGCAAGGAGGCUCAUGACAGUGCCUGGCUGGGUGAGGGAAGGGAGGAGCAGCACCUCAGCCUCAGAGGGCGUGCUGCCAUGAUGGCUGCCCUGGCCUGCAUCACAGUGCCCAAGAUUGCCAUCAAUGUAGGGGGUUGUCAUGCUGAUGACAACUACACUAUGUGUGGACCAGCUUUCUCUCCAAACUUCAUCUUUUCCUGGCCGGGCACAUCAGUCACACACACCCUUAACCCGCCACCUGCCGACCCACCCUCACAACCCACGCAGGCCCCAGGCAAGGAGGUUCGUAAGAAGAAGAGCAUGUCGAUGUUCAGUUUCCCCGAGGACAGUGCCUUCUACCACGCUGCUCAGGUCCUCAAUGAUGGAAUUAUUGUCCCUUCGCAGACUAGACAGAUUGUGUCCCAGUGUCUGAGGAUCUGUCGGCAAAAGGAGGGAAUAACCAACAGUGCCAAGGAUUUCUCAGUGCUGAGGCUGUGAUGAGGGUGUGUAAUAUGGAUGCCUGGCUGCCUGCCCUGCCAUACCUCAGCAGUGUGUGGAGAAUGUCCAGAGUGACUUGUGAGUGGGUUUCCUUGUAUUUGUAACCACACUGUGCAGUUAGAUGAAUGGUUCUCCAGCCAUUCGUGUCUCUAGUUUGGUUAGGUGUUUGAACAUCAAUGCAAUAAUUUGAUAAGGCAGUACAAUUAGUAUGAUGCAGUAAAUAGUAUCAGAGAAAGUAUGUAGUAGGAUGUAUAUAUUUUUAUAGAGGUUUUUAUAUAGAAUAUCAUGUAAGAUUACCAUCAUGAAGGAAACCUUUGUGACAUAAUGUAAUUCAAGAUUGUGUUCUCUGAAGUUUUGCAAAAGAUGUAGGUGGAAAAAAAAAAUAUGCCUGUUUCCUAUUGUGAUAUAUGUAUGCUGAAUUGUAUGCUUAGAUCCAGUGGAGAAUUAUGAAAAGGGUUGAUGGAGAGCAAAUACUAACUACUACUGGGUAAGGGAGAGGAAGCAUAUAUAUAUAUAUAUAUAUAUAUAUAUAUAUAUAUAUAUAUAUAUAUAUAUAUAUAUAUAUAUAUAUAUAUAUAUAUAUAUAUAAAUACAGCAAACUCUUUCUAACUCAGAUGCUUAAAUCCUGUAUAUCGGAGGAUGACCUGGAUGCUUUCUGGGCCUUAUAUACUUACGCACAACCUGAAUGAGCAUUGGGGUUAUCAAGAGAUUUCCAGUUAGAAUCUGGAUGGUGGUGUUGAAAUGAUAGAUGGUGUGUCAUGCAUUAUGAUAACUAAAAAAUGGUCAUAAACUGCACAAUAUCUGUCAUGAAAUCUGUGUGGGCUGCAACGGCUACCAAGACUGAGUCGGCCCUGUCAUAGGACAAUAUUCUGAAACACUUCUGUGCCACACCUUCACUACAUUCAAAAGGCUCCAAUUGUAAUCACUUGAGUUUUUAACCCUCUCACAUUCUAGCAAGUUUUGUAAGUUUUCUUUCCAAUGCUUCUUCCGUUGGCAGGCAUUUGUAGCCUCUCAAUGUGCCUUGCAAAACUUUGAUUUAGAAGUUUUAGCAGUUUUCUUUCCUUUGAAACUCAUAAGUAGGUACGUAUUAUAUAUCACUAUAUUCAUGAGGAAAUUACCUUUAUGAUGAUCAUAUAGGAAAAUUACUAAAAAAGUAACUUCACUCAUUUUUCCACCAAAAAUAAAUACAAAAGAAAAAAGUUCACAACCUUGUUGCUCAAACUUUUCCUGUGAGGAUUCUGUACACUACACAUCAUUUAAACUGUGUUUUAUAGCUUUACAAUGGUACUGUUGUCAUUGUGAUAUGUCAGUUAGAUCUCAAGAAAACAAAGAGAAACUGAAAUCAGCAUUCAUCUCAGGUUAUGUGCAGACAGAGUUGCUGGCUGAAACUGACAAAUUAUCUACCAGUUGGCCUAUUCUGGGAAGCAUCAUUAAUGCCAGUUCAUUACCUAUGUGAAGCUUAUGCUCAUCUCUGACUCACCAUAAACUGAUGCACGUACACCAUACACUUUAUUUUUAAUGAAUUUAAAUUAAGAUUUUUUUAUGCACUUAUGCAUCAGUGCAAUUUCACGUGAAAAUAUUUUGACACGUGUACAUCGUGUGUGUGUGUGUGAGAGGGUUAAGGGUGUUUUUAUGGUUGUAAUGAAAACUUAACAAGAUUUCUACAUUAUCAAUAGGAGAAACACUCUUGAGAACCUGGCUAAUCAUCUCUGUGGCCUUGGAAAACAAGAGAGCGUUUCUGAGUAUGGGGUGUAGUGCGGCUAAUAACAGGUGUUUUCACUAUCAGGAUGCCGCCUUACAACAUCAGCAUCCCUGGUGAAGGAAUAAUCUAUCCAGAAGGGAUAUCCUGAAUGUUCCUACUGACACAGAAAAUAUUAGAAUAACAAGUACAUACAAAUGCUCCUUUUACAAUUAAAUAAGAAAGGUGGACUAUAUGUUUAACAAUUUAGCCCUGUUUGGGCAUGGAGAGGGCUGAGGGAGUAAAAAUUUCUCACCUUCAUCACAGGUCAUAUAGAAUGUGUAGCCUUGUCAGUCUUAGAAAGGCAAGUGAUUUUUUCUUUUGGUUUUCAUUAUCCAGUUUGAAUUUCCAUAUAUAUAUAUAUAUAUAUAUAUAUAUAUAUAUAUAUAUAUAUAUAUAUAUAUAUAUAUAUAUAUAUAUAUAUAUAUAUAUAUAUAUUUAUUUAUUUAUUUAUUUAUUUAUUUGUUUAUUUAUUUCUCUAUUUAUUUAUUAUAUGUACAUAUCUUUGAGUAACUUCAAUAUUUGUAUAACAACAGGUUAUCCUCCAGUUGAUUCAAUUUAGUGAGAGUUUGCUGUAUAGACUGAAGACUGUGAAUGAAGGGGGAGGAAGCAGGUGUAGAUGGGAGAGAAGAUGGAAAGAAAGAAGGAGAGAAGUUUAGAAGCAAGGAACAGAGAGGAGCUAGAGAUAGUGAAUGAGCAGUAGUAGUGAGAAGCAGUUCUAGAGAUUGAUACACAGAGAAGAUGAGAGCUGUGAAGGAAAGGAAAUCAAAGAGUGAAUGGUUAGAGAGAGAUCAGACAUGAAUAGUUGUAUGUUAUUUCUUUUCUUCUACAAGUUGCUUUAAUCAGAAAUAAAGCAGAUAUCAAUUACAAAAUAGGAAACAGAUUAAUAUUCAAAUACAAAUGCAGCCCUUUAGAGAGAGAGAGAGAGAGAGAGAGAGAGAGAGAGAGAGAGAGAGAGAGAGAGAGAGAGAGAGAGAGAGAGAGAGAGAGAGAGAGAGACUUUAUUGUAGUGUAUAACAGGACAUAUUUUUAUAGUUCCUGUUUACAUUAUAUUUUAGAAAAGUGUUGCAUUCUUCUGUCAGACUUUGUAUUGUAGUGAUAAGACUGUCAGUGAUAAAUAAUGGCCUGAUUUAUAGUAUGUGUGUGAUGUGUCUAUCUUGAGUGUCCUGCCACCAUUCAUUCCCUCUCAAAUGACCUCAUGACCAGUUUGUUUCUGCCCUAAAGUCAGUGUCUCAGCAUUUCCAUCUUGCUUCAAAAGUCACAUUUAUCACAGUGAAAAAGGUCCCUAUGUAGAAAAGUUCAAGAUUCUUUUUUACCAUAUCUCAAUGAGUAGUGUCGUUUGCCAUUUAGUACAUCUAUAGUAUUUUGUUAUAUCUAUAUAUUUUUUACUUUUCUAUAUAUACCAGGCCAGCAAUCCCACAUAGGGUGGCCCACACAUCAUUCACACUCUUAGCCCCUUUGACCCAUGGUAGAAAAGCAUGCUGCAAAACUGUACUCAUAGAUUUUUUGUGUAUAUUUAUGAGAAUGGUACUAGUAAUUACAACUCAUCUCUUUCAUAAACAAAGAAUGAUUUCUCUACUUUGACAUAUUUAAAAAAUAUAAUUUUCUUAACUUUCGUGUUAGAGAAAAAGAAAAAUUGAGUUCAAUUUUUGAUAACUCAGCCUGGACAUGAUUAAGGCAGCUCUGCCGAUAGGUGCUCCUCCUGAUGAAGCAUUGGUCUAAACAGAAAUCCAUAAAUUGCUGCAAAGUGGCAUUGUUUGCAAGACUGAUGAUGACUUGGGGAAGGAACAUUAUGACUGUAACAAACAGAAGGUUGUUACUCAAGAUAGAAAAGCAGAAGGAACUGAGCAGUCAGUAGCAUUGUACUUAAUGAUAAAUGAAGCCACUCUGAUGCUGGAAACUUGAACCCUUUGACAACUAAUGACAGUAUGCGAUUUAUUGUUCUGAGUUACUAGAUUACUUUAGUUAACAAAAACACAACUAGAGCACUAAAAGAUUUGAAUCACCCAGUCACUAUGGUGUCACUGGCAUCAAAAGUUGUCCUGCAAGAUUUUACAACACUUGAGAAGAAUCUACAAGUCAAAGUGAAAAAAAAACAUGGGAUCCUUGACUUAUGACAGAGUUUAGUUUCUAUGCCACAUCAUAAAUUGAUUUUCUAUGUUGAUUGGAACCAGCCUAAGUAAACACUCACUAUGUUAAUGCAUAGGUGUACUGUAAAGUCAUAAUUUAAGUCCUAGGAGAUAAAAAUGUAACUACUUUACAUGUAAAAAACACAUGGAGGACAUACAUUUAUUAAGUAUAAAAUAAUGAAAAAAAUCAGUAAUGGAAAAAAUCAGCAAUGUACAGGGACAAGCAGUGCCAGCAUCAUAACCUUGAAACAGCAAAAGUUGAGACUGUCAUAAACCAAGGCCUCCUCGCACAAGCACUGAAAGAUUUUAAUUAUUUGACCUCUCUUAUUUUCAGUGGUGUCUUUUAUAAUAGUAAUACUCUAAACUUGCAACACAGCUCUUUUAUAGCUCUUUUAUAACUAUAUUGACUUGGAAGAGAAGUCAUUGCAGUCAAAGAGUAAUAAUAAAUAAGACCACAGGCAUUACAAGAAUUGAGCUGUUUGACUACAUGAUGUCACUAAACUUGGCACCACAUCAUCAGAUUUGAGGAGAAACCAUAGCAGUCAAAAGAGUAAUAAUAGACUAAACUUCAGGUGCUAUAAGGCCUGAACUAUUUGAUCACUACUGGUGUCUAUGGUAUCUUGUGAUUAAACUAGAUAUUUCAUUUUAUCAUACUCAAGGAGAAACUGUCAUAGUCAGAGAGUAAUAAUAGAUAAGACUACAGGUGCUGUGAGGCUGGAGCUGUUUGAUUACUGCCGCUGCUGUCUGUGGUGCCUUGUGAUUAAACCAGGUAUUGAAUUUUAUUAGACAUGAGUAGAAACUUUUGCAGUCAUAGAGUUUAACAUUUGUGGUUAGUUUAUAUCUGUUCUUCUAGUUAUGUGGUGAACUGCUGAUCAUAUUUAGAUAUGGAGAGACCAAGUUCUGUGUUUUGAAAAGACUGAAAUAUAAGAGUAAGAGUGAGGUCUUUGUGUGUUGGUGAGGCUCAUGAUAAUUCCAAGGCUCAGAAGAAACAAAGUAUGACUCAUAUUUUAUUUCUAACUUAAUUUCAUUGGUUCAUAUUUUAUUUCUAACUUAAUUUCAUUGGUUAUUCAGAUUAGGAAUAGUUCAGUUUGAUAUUUUCCCAACAAUUUGCAUGUGAGAGGUAGAACAUUCAUGUGGAGUGUUGUCAUGCUGUGUGGUGAAUCUUGUUUCAGCUUCCUGCUUCACCAUGAUUUAUUUCUCGUUAAAGUGUGAUCAUCGUUGUGAUUGUCAUUACAGAUAAACUUUAUUUGAUUUUUAAGACAAAAAUUCACCACCUGUGCAUGUUGGUAAUGCUUCAAAAUGAUUUACAAUAUUUUAUGGGUUCUGUCACUGUUUUUACAUGGAAUUCAUCCUUUCUUUCAGUUUUAGUCCAGAAAAAUCCUAAGAUGUUCUCAUCACUAUCAAAUAUUAGUAAGUAUAUGGGAAUCAUUUGGAAAAGUAGGAAAUAAUUUGAUUCACAACAAAUAUUUUUGAAACCAAAAAGCCUUUUGUUUAUUAGAGAAAAAAAUAGAAUUAAAGCAAUUCUGAUGCUUGAUGAUGACAUCCUGAGGGACAAGACAAUGCUCAUCGGUCGAGAGGUGACACAACAUUAGCUACUUCUGUGUAUUUUUUACUCGUUUGAUAUUGUUAUAAAUCUAUGAUUAUUUCAUAAUCAGUUCAUUAGUUUCCAUUGAACAAUAACAAUAAAGGUUUGUUUUGCAUCUCACCUGUGGCCACUUUGUUGAUGGUCACAGUAUUAAGUUACACAUUCAUAAUCACAUUUCAGAAGAAUGUUAUACUUAUUAUGUUAUAUGUCAUAUCAUAAUAAAAUACUCUCAUACCUCUGUACUACCGAUCUUGCUUUGACGAAUUUCGGAAGCAACGGAUAAAAUCUGGAGCAGCCGACUCAAUUUCAAAGUCCCGCCCGCUAUGGAUGGAGUUGUGGCAACACUGGACACGAGCCACUGCUUCGAGGCUGACUGUUUGUUGCAGGCGGUCAGUUUAUUUACAUCAGUGUAACAACACGUGUAGCUCAUUGCUCCAUGGUUUUUGCCCUUUUUAUGUGUUGUGUUUGAAUUAUCAUAAUUUUCUAUAACCAAGGAGGAAAAAGUAGAAAUGACAGCCAGUGAGUGACCUUGACACAAUGCUCUCUCUCUCUCUCUCUCUCUCUCUCUCUCUCUCUCUCUCUCUCUCUCUCUCUCUCUCUCUCUCUCUCUCUCUCUCUCU